AAAGUCAACAACGCAAUACUCUAAAUUCAUACAAUUACAUUAAAAUAGUUUCACGUACAUAGGUUACAACGUCAAACAAAUAAGUUCAGUACACACAAGUCAAGACUUCCAUUCAUCAAGUAUUACAAAUUAGAACUCAGAAGUACCUUGGAAUUGAUUUUGUGAAACAAACAAGUGAACUUCAAUUAGUACUUCAUCACUUUCGAUUUUGUUUAAACAAAAGACAAGAAAUUUCUCUAUUGUAGAGCUACAAAAGAAAUGAGCGAGUUUAAACAAAGGACAACAAUUUAUUACUAUAAAUAAAGACGAAAGUGCAUUGCAUAACAAAACUUACUCGGCCCAGAUGAAGGGUGCUUCUGUUGGUCGCGGCGGGGCUAAAGGUCGACGGUGGCGGCACUGGGAAGAGGCAUGGAAAGAACCUUCAGAGAACGUUUCAUGGUGGCUCGGCCCGGAAGAAGGGUGCAUGUGUUGGCCGAGGCGUGGCCGGAGGAGGAGUCAACAAUGGCAGCGUAUGAGACGCUGGAAGAAUCAUCGGAGAAUGUUCCAUGAUGGCACGAGAAGAAGCGAGCCUGGUAUUGUUUGCUUUGUGGAUUUGAAAAUGAAGGUUAUGGUAAAAACUUGAGUUUUGAAAAAUCAUGGAUAUAAGAUUUUGGGUUCGUUAUGGAGUUGAAAAAUACCAUUGUUUUUUGGUAGAUUUCAUGAUGGAUUUUGUUAACUAGAUUUGUAAGUAUAAAGUAAAUUUUACUUUUAUUACCCUCAUUGGUAUGAGAAGAGAAACAAUAUAGGAAUAGUAGAUUGGGCGCAAAUGAUGAAUUUCAAAGUCUAUAAUCAAUUCCUACAUAAACGGGUGAGAUUUUCAAUUAUGUGGAGCUAGAGGUGGCAAUUAGGAUCCAAAUCCAUGAAUCCAAUCUAAUUCAUCCACCAAAUUAUCCACCUAAUCCAAUCCAUUUAAAUCCAAUCCAUUUGAUCCAAAUCCAAUUGGAUUGGUGGAUUCAUGGAUCAAUCCAUGGAUCCAAAUGGCAAAUUACGAUUUGGUACCUAUAUUUUUUAUAUUUUACAUUUUGGUACCUAAAAUUUUUCAUCAUGACAUUUUAGUACCAAAACUUUUCAAAUUUUACAUUUUGGUCCAAGCCUUUGAUGUCAUUUGAAUUCAUGGAUCAAUCCACCAAUCCAUUUGAUCCAAUCCAUGAAUCCACCAAUCCAUUGGAUCCAAUCCAUUUGAUCUAUGGAUCCACCAAUCCAAUCCACGAAUCUGAUCCAAUUGCCACCUCUAUGUGGAGCUCACAAAUUUGAACCCUUAAAAUCUUUGAGAUCCACUGAUUUGUUACCCCUAAAUAAAUGAAACAAAUAGUAGAGUUUGGACAAAGUUCAUGAUGGAUCCAAGCAAACAACCAUUAUAUAUUUAACAAACUUAUCAUGAUAUGGUUUACAGCAAGGAUUGGAAUAUCGUACCGUACCGGCGGUUCAAUCAGAAAAAACUCCUACUGGAGGCUAAACCGGUAAGCGGUAUUUAGUGGUAUGAAGCGGUUGAACCAUGGUUAAAUCACGAUUUUAGCAUAAAAUACCUACCGCUGACUUUUUCGGUACAAUCUCUAGUACGGUAUUUCAAUCCUUGAUUUACAACAAGUCAUUCAUAAACCGCGGCAUAUUGCAACAGCCUGUAAACAAUAAAUAUAUGAACAACGAGUUGAACUGCAAGAAAUUCGAGGGGCCAUCAACAGUCAGUCGCAAUUCAAUUAUUUUUGUUGUUACUAUACUUGUAUUGUUUAGAAUACAUCAAUUUUUUCUGUUUUUGCAUACACAAAUAACACAAUGCAUGAGUUGUUUCUAUGAUAUGAUAUAAACUAUCACUCAAAACGACUGUGUUAUAUCUCAAAUUCUAGUUGAGAUUGUUGAAAUUAAGAUUGUUUUAGGGUUAAAUAUAUUUGUAUGGCCUGAACUUUUCACAUAAUAAACAUCUUGGCCAAUCUUUUCGAUCUAUAACAUUAGAGCCUGAACUAUACACCAAAGUAACGAAAUUGCCCAAACCCGAAAAUUGACCGUUAUCUUGGACGGUCAAACGUGUUGACUAACGGUCAAUGCGUCACGUCACCUACAAGUCAGCACCUUUCACUUUAAAAAUUUAUAUUUUCCACCUAUUACUAUUUAUUUUUCUCAUUUUGAAUAAAAAAAUUGAAAAUGA